AUGAUGUUCUAUUCAGGAAAGGGUUGGGUCAUCACGGGAACAUAUUACAUGCGAAAGGUUCUUGAUGGUGCUUGUGGCGGCUUCGUGUAUUCUAAACAUGGUGAUGUCUUCCCGUACGAAGCUGACUGGAGCCCAAACUUUGAGAUCAGUGAAGUGUAUCUAUCAGCUGAAUGUCGAUGGGUGCCAGCGUACAAGUCACCCGCCUUGCAUAUUCAUUGGUCAUCUCCAGCUAAUCCAGAAGUUCAAAGAGAGGGUGUUACCUGGUUCUAUAACGAGGUUACCGUGAAGGAGACAGCAGAUUUUACCUACUAUUGUACCAGUGAAUUCUAUGGAGGCUACAUGGGAAUCCAGGAUCGCUCAACUAAAUGGGUGAUCUUCUCGAUAUGGGACAGGACCUCCACAGAUGAUAAUCCUAAAGCGCCAUCUAAUGACUUGGUGAAAGUGCUUGCUCAAGGGGUAGGCGUGACCGUUAAACGAUUUGUUGGAAAAGGUACUGGGGGUCAAAGUCACCUUGUCUAUGACUGAAAGGUGGGUCACCCAUAUCAACUCAUGGUCAACGUUGGACCAGACACAAAAAUGUGACAAGGCCAUAUUCACAGGAUGGUUUCCUAUUCAAGAGCUGAAUAUCUGGCGUCUGCUGGCUUCAUUUUAAGUGCGCCCCAAAGCGGCAAGCAAGCACCUGGAAGAUCCUCACUCAUUUCUCGAGGAUUGGGCAGGAACUGGACGUCGACGACAGGGCUUUUACGGACCGGCUUGGAUUAAAACAGACAAAGACCCUUGGGUGCAGGCAAUGCACGGCAGAGGCACAACGACGGGGUCACAAAUUAACAGGAAUGUCGUCUUGACCGAUGAUCGCAGACGUCUUGGAAUGAAAACUGGUGGACUAGCAUUGACCAAUAAGUCCUAG